CGCCUGGGCAGAAAAGGAAAAGAAAAGAAUCCAAGUGAGCGCGUUGCCUCCUGGGUCGCGUUGCCCCCCUAGGAACUCCGGCGGCUUUCCAGCCCAGCCACGGGACCGGACGCAGUGCCCCAGCCGCCCUGCAGAUGGGGAGAGCAGGGAACCGGCGCCCAAGCCUCGGGUGACCGACGCCGGCCCGCCCGCCUGCACGGCUCCGAGCAGGGACCGGGCGGGCGGAGGAUGCGAGGCGGAGGCACCCGGGUGCGCUAGGCUCCAACUUGGAUGGCUCGGAGACCGCUUCGGCUCCUGGGAGCGCUCCGCAGCGUAGAGUGAGCUGCCCGCGGGACCUGGGGGCGGAGACCUUAGGUAGCGGCUGGAGGGGGGGCGAGCCGGGCGCAGGAGGGGGCGCGCUUUCUCCCUGCGGGUCUCAGUAAUGAGGAGACUGAGUUUGUGGUGGCUGCUGAGCAGGGUCUGUCUGCUGCUGCCGCCGCCCUGCGCUCUGGUGCUGGCCGGGGUGCCCGGCUCCUCCUCGCACCCGCAGCCCUGCCAGAUCCUCAAGCGCAUCGGGCACGCGGUGAGGGUGGGCGCGGUGCACUUGCAGCCCUGGACCACGGCCCCCCGCGUCGCCAGCCGCGCUCCGGACGGCAGCCGGGCAGGCGCCCAGAGGGAUGAGCCCGAGCCAGGGACUUGGCGACCCCCGGCGCCUUCGCCGGGCGCACGUUGGUUGGGGAGCGCCCUGCAUGGCCGGGGCCCGCCGCGCGCCCAGAAGCCCGGGGAGGGCGCCGGGGCCGAGACCCUGUGGCCUCGGGACGCCCUCCUCUUCGCCGUGGACAACCUGAACCGCGUGGAAGGUCUGCUGCCCUACAACCUCUCUUUGGAAGUCGUGAUGGCCAUCGAGGCGGGCCUGGGCGAUCUGCCGCUCCUGCCUUUCUCCUCCCCAAGCUCGCCGUGGAGCAGUGACCCUUUCUCCUUUCUGCAGAGCGUGUGCCACACCGUGGUGGUGCAAGGGGUGUCGGCGCUGCUCGCCUUCCCCCAGAGCCAGGGUGAGAUGAUGGAGCUCGACUUGGUCAGCUCCGUCCUGCACAUUCCGGUGAUCAGCAUCGUGCGCCACGAGUUUCCGCGGGAGAGUCAGAAUCCCCUUCACCUACAACUGAGUUUAGAAAAUUCAUUAAGUUCUGAUGCUGAUGUCACUGUCUCAAUCCUGACCAUGAACAACUGGUACAAUUUUAGCUUGUUGCUGUGCCAGGAAGACUGGAACAUCACCGACUUCCUCCUCCUUACCCAGAAUAAUUCCAAGUUCCACCUUGGGUCUAUCAUCAACAUCACCACCAACCUCUCCUCCACCGACGACCUCUUAAGCUUCCUGCAGGUCCAGCUUGAGAGUAUUAAGAACAGUACGCCCACCAUGGUGAUGUUUGGCUGUGACAUGGAGAGUAUCCGGCGGAUUUUUGAAAUUACCACCCAGUUUGGAGUAACCCCGACUGAGCUUCACUGGGUGCUGGGGGAUUCCCAGAAUGUCGAGGAACUGAGGACAGAAGGUUUGCCCCUCGGGCUCAUUGCUCAUGGAAAAACAACUCAGUCCAUCUUCGAGUACUAUGUACAAGAUGCCAUGGAACUGGUCGCAAGAGCUGUAGCCACGGCCACCAUGAUCCAGCCAGAACUCGCGCUUAUCCCCAGCACCAUGAACUGCAUGGAGGUGGAAGCCACAAAUCUCACUUCAGGACAAUAUUUAUCAAGGUUUCUAGCCAACACCACUUUCAGAGGCCUCAGUGGUUCCAUCAAGGUAAAAGGUUCCACAAUCAUCAGCUCAGAAAACAACUUUUUCAUCUGGAAUCUGCAACAUGACCCUAUGGGAAAGCCAAUGUGGACACGUUUGGGCAGAUGGCAAGGGGGCAAGAUUGUCAUGGACUAUGGAAUAUGGCCAGAGCAGGCCCAGAGGCACAAAACCCACUUCCAAUAUCCAAGUAAACUACAUUUGAGAGUGGUUACCCUGAUUGAACAUCCAUUUGUCUUCACGCGGGAGGUAGAUGAUGAAGGCUUGUGCCCUGCUGGCCAACUCUGUCUAAACCCCAUGACUAAUGACUCCUCUGUCUUGGACAGCCUUUUUAACAGCCUCCAUAGCAGUAAUGAUACAGUGCCCAUCAAAUUCAAGAAGUGCUGCUAUGGAUAUUGCAUUGAUCUGCUGGAAAAGCUAGCAGAAGACAUGAACUUUGACUUUGACCUCUAUAUUGUUGGGGAUGGCAAGUACGGAGCCUGGAAAAAUGGGCAUUGGACUGGGCUGGUGGGUGAUCUCCUGAGUGGGUCAGCCCACCUGGCAGUCACUUCCUUCAGCAUCAAUACUGCUCGAAGCCAAGUGAUAGAUUUCACCAGUCCUUUCUUUUCCACCAGCUUGGGCAUCUUAGUGAGGACCCGAGACACAGCAGCUCCCAUUGGAGCCUUCAUGUGGCCACUCCACUGGACAAUGUGGCUGGGGAUUUUUGUGGCUCUGCACAUCACUGCCAUCUUCCUCACUCUGUAUGAAUGGAAGAGCCCCUUUGGUAUGACUCCCAAGGGGCGGAAUAGAAGUAAAGUCUUCUCCUUCUCUUCAGCCUUGAAUGUCUGUUAUGCCCUGUUGUUUGGUAGAACAGCAGCCAUCAAACCCCCCAAAUGCUGGACUGGCAGGUUUCUAAUGAACCUUUGGGCCAUUUUCUGUAUGUUUUGCCUUUCUACAUACACGGCGAACUUGGCUGCUGUCAUGGUUGGUGAGAAGAUCUAUGAAGAGCUCUCUGGAAUACAUGAUCCUAAGCUGCAUCAUCCCUCUCAAGGCUUCCGCUUUGGAACUGUCCGGGAAAGCAGUGCUGAAGAUUAUGUGAGGCAAAGCUUCCCGGAGAUGCAUGAGUAUAUGAGAAGGUACAAUGUACCAGCCACCCCUGACGGAGUGGAGUAUCUGAAGAAUGAUCCAGAGAAACUAGACGCCUUCAUCAUGGACAAGGCCCUCCUGGAUUAUGAAGUGUCAGUAGAUGCUGACUGCAAACUUCUAACCGUGGGGAAGCCAUUUGCUAUAGAAGGCUAUGGCAUUGGUCUCCCGCCCGACUCUCCACUGACCUCCAAUAUAUCCGAGCUAAUCAGUCAGUACAAGUCCCAUGGGUUUAUGGACGUGUUGCACGACAAGUGGUACAAGGUGGUUCCCUGUGGAAAGAGAAGUUUUGCUGUCACGGAGACUUUGCAAAUGGGCAUCAAACACUUUUCUGGACUCUUCGUGCUUCUGUGUGUGGGCUUUGGUCUGUCCAUGCUGACCGCCAUCGGGGAGCACGUCGUGUACAGACUGCUGCUCCCUCGAAUCAAGAACAGGUCCCGGCUGCACUACUGGCUCCACACCAGCCAGAGGUUACAUAGAGCACUAAACACAUCAUUUGUAGAGGAAAAGCAGCAGCGUUUCAAGACUAAACGUGUGGAAAAGAGGUCCAGUGUGGGACCCCGUCAGCUCACGGUGUGGAAUACUUCCGGUCUGAGUCAGGAUAACCAACGAAAAUACAUCUUUAGUGAUGAGGGAGGACAGAACCAGCUGAGCAUCCGGACCGACCAGGACAUCCCGCUCCCUCCAAGGAGAAGAGAGCUCCCUGCCUUGCUGACCACCAAUGGGAAGGCGGACUCCCUAAAUGGAGCUCGGAACUCAGUGAUGCAGGAACUCUCGGAGCUCGAGAAGCAGAUUCAGGUGAUCCGGCAGGAGCUGCAGCUGGCUGUGAGCAGGAAGACGGAGCUGGAAGAGUAUCAAAGGACGAACCGGACUUGUGAGUCCUAGCUGACCGUGCUGCUCCCCUUCCCGGUUCCCGGCAUUCCUCUGAGCCCUUGAGACACUCUGUACUGCUCUUUUGUAAUUGCUGACCAAAGUGUAGGGAAGCGGAGGUCUAGGUCUCUCUUAGAGGUCAAGUCUGCCGGUCCUAGACUAAAAAUCAGUCAUAGCUCUUCCCAAGCGGACUCCCUAGCUCUGCAGGGUGGGGGUCUUUCAGAGCAGGAAUGUAAGUUAGUCAGGAGUGAACUCCGUGGCAAGGAUCUAUGAAUGGCCCCGCAAAGCUGGCUCCUCCCGGGGUGCCGUGCUAGUAGUUCUGGGUCUCAGCCCUUUCUCUGCACUCUCACCAACGAGAAAGAAAAAUGAUACUCAAACCUGGUUUUAAUCUUAGGAUAGAACAGGAUUAUCCAGGGUUGUGGCUUUUGAAACAGUUCCCACAACUAGAUUUGUUCCUACGUUCUGAACCAGGAGCCAGAUAAGAGCCAGAGGUGUGGGUACCUAAACAACCAAGCCAACUCAUUAGCAUACAGUGGACCAGGGAUUGACUGGAUCGUGCACGAGGGUCCCGUGUCUCCGACACCACCCUGACCAACAUUUAGUAGGAAGGGCUUACAUGCCACUGUGAAAGGGGACAGGGAUGUGGUGAGCGAGAACAGAGGACAGGCAGAAGAGGCAUUAAAAAUGUCCACCAUCUUGAAGAACAAAAGUUCUGGGCCAGAAAAACAAUUUGGCUAAGGAAGGAAUAGGACUAUACCUCUAAUCUAACUAAGCUUCUCGCCUACAGAGUAUGCCUUUUGUAAAGGAAAGCAAAGCAGAGCAAGGACGCG